GGACUCAUACCAAACAUCCAAUGAGACUCAUUAUACCACGCAUGCAUGCAUCCACAAAAAAUCCAACAUGCAACUGCAACAGCACUUUCAACUCCCCGCCCCGCUCAGUCCCAGCCACACCCCACUCUCUCGCUCUCUCCCAGCAGCGAAAAAAACAGUUCCACUACCUGCGAAUCUCGGCGAAGACGGCCAGCCUCUGGUAGAUGCUCCACUGUGUCAGAUAAAUUUAUUUCUCACACUAAAAUGACGUGCAUUCGGUCAGUCCGCUAUCCGGGUGCAACCAAUCACUUCUCCACAUUCUGGUCCUCGCUUACAGUAGGUUUCUCGUUUUACCCCACCAUCCGCUCAACAUGAAGUUGGGACCAGAAGUAGAGGCGCUUACGCGUAUGGGCUCCGCUCUCC